CUUGUGUCAAUAAUUAAUUUUACUGUCCUUUUUUGAAUCUUAUCAUUCCAAUUGUCAUUCAUUGUCUGGGUUAAAAAAGAUUAUAAUUAUUGCACUAUUAUCAGUUUUUUUAAACUCUCUGGUAUAUAAUAAGCCUCCUCUCAUUCAUUCUUUUUCUUUUCUACUUUUUCAUUGGAACCAAGCAAGUUUCUCAGUCACCAUGGCAAUACUAUACGCCGAUACUCCACCGCCAAACUACUUGAAUCAGUUUAAGGAUCAAGUCAAGCGAUUGCCUCAUCAAGCUAGAUCUUACUUUAGGUCUAUGUUUCCUAUCGUCGAUUGGUUACCGCACUACAACUGGAUUUGGCUUUCUGGCGAUCUAACGGCCGCUGUCACGGUUGGCACAUUGGUUAUCCCUCAAAGUUUAGCUUAUGCCAAGAUUGCUAAUCUCCCACCGGUCUAUGGACUAUAUACUAGUUUUAUAGGCGUUAUCUCAUAUCCCUUAUUUGGAACUUCAAAGGACAUUAGUAUUGGCACAAGUGCUAUCAUGUCUUUACUUGUGGGGCAAAUCAUUACCAAAUUUGUUACCACUUCACAGUACCUGUCAGGUGAAUGGACAAUGACGGAUGCUGUUACUACGCUUGCCUUGUUUUCUGGUUUCAUCACGAUGCUCAUCGGUCUAUUGCGUCUUGGUCCUUUGUUUUACUUUAUUUGUCAGCCCGCGAUUGCUGGGUUUAUGGCCGGAAGUGGCUUAACGAUCGUGAUCAACCAGUUUAGUAAAAUAUUUGGUGUUUCCGGAAUCAAUACCUCCGAAGCCCCUUAUCUAGUCUUUGGCAAAACCUUGAUCAACCUUAACCACUCUACGAUUGAUGCUGCAUUUGGCCUUACAUCCUUGCUCUACCUUUACGUCGUCAAGUAUCUCGCCCAACAUCUCAUGCGUCGCUACCCACGCCACGGUCGCUUGAUCUUCUUUUUUAACACAAGCAGAAGUAUUGUCGUCUUGGUCUUUAGUACACUCAUUUGCUUCAUGAUCAACCGUUUUGGUCAUUUCGAAAAGAGUCCCUUCCAGAUCAUCGGAAACGUUCCUGCAGGAUUUGGCCAUAUUGGCACACCUACCAUCAAACCAAGUCUCGUUGGCUUCUUUGGUUCGGACUUGAUCGGUAUCGUGGUCCUUCUUAUCAUGGAACACGGCGCAAUCGCGUCCAGUCUAGGCAAGAUCACGGAUUACAAGGUUGAUAUGAGUCAAGAAGUGUUUACCAUUGGUAUUGCCAACAUCUUUGGUUCAUUCUUUGGCGCUUAUCCUGGUACAGGCGCAUUCUCACGUACGGCUGUCAUGUCCAAGUCAGGCACGCGUACACCUCUUACAAGUUUCUUUGUCGGUAUUAUCGUUGUCCUAUCCAUCUACGUCUUCACACCUGCAUUUACAUACAUCCCCAACGCCUCAUUGGCUGCCAUCAUUGCACACGCUGUGUCAGAUUUGAUCUCUGGACCCACCGUCUGGAAAAAAUUUUGGGACGUACAUCCCACCGAACUCUUAAUCUUUGCUUGUGCUUACAUCAUCUCACUCUUCACUCGUAUUGACAUCAGUGUUUACGUUCCUGUUGUUCUUUCCCUUGUAGUACAGAUCUACAGAACAACUCGGCCCCAGUACGCGUUCUUGGGAAGCCUCGAUGACGAUAUACCUGUCGAAAAGCAGGAUGAGGAAGCCUCGAUCGAAAAGCCCCUCCUGUACCCCAUGAAUCAUCCUGUGCUCAAGCCUUACUUGCAUCCAGUUGACCCAUCUGUCAUUUGCUUCCAACCUCAAGAAAACAUUGUUUUCCAAAACGCUUCUUUCAUCUUUGAAAAACUCAUUGACAUGGUCAAGAAGACCACACGACAAGGCAAACCCCUCGCAGAAAAAAUUGGAGAUAGACCAUGGAAUAAUGCUGCAUCUCCUGGCAAGGAACAAGAAAGGCCCUUGCUAAAGUCUAUCGUACUCGACUUGUCGGGCGUGCAUCAGAUGGAUUUCACUGGCAUGGAGACUCUCAUGGAUACUGCCGUUGCUGUGGAGAGAUAUGUAGGCUCUCGUGUCUGUUGGUAUAUCGUCCCUGGCCUCUCUUCUCAUGUUCGCAAAUGUCUGUUAUUUGCUGGCUUUGGUACACAAAGAAGAGAUGCAGUAACUCCUGGAAAGUUCUUGUCUGAUCUGUCUUUCAAGAACUGGCACCCAGAUGGUACCAAGGGCUGCUGUAUGAAGGCACAUCUGGAGGAGAAGGGUAAAGGUCGUGAAGAAGUCGUCGAGAUUGAACAAGUGAAUGAGAAACUGAAAAAGAAAGAUCGUAUUAUUGGUUUAAAGAUCAUGAGCAAGUAUCAAGAAGAUGCCAGUUCUACCGACAUUGUUUUACCCAGCAAGAUGGAUGAGUAUGGUAAACCAUGGUGUGAUUGCUCUCUCAGCGCUGCCGACCUAGACAAGGUGUCAGUUGUUCAAGAUAGAUUUCCUUACUUUUUUGGUUCUCUUCACGAUGCUAUUAAGGCAUCCGUAAGACAAAGGACUGAACAAGAUCAAGACGUAGAUAAAAUAAGUGUCAUCUCUGACAAGGGAUUAGGAUCCUCAUCAUCUUCCAGUGAUUGAUCUGUACAUAUACACACCCAUUUAUAUAUAUAUAUAUUGCUAGUUUCUUUGUAUUUUUUUUUUUUUUACAAGGAUUUAUAUUUAAA